ACACAACACUCCGCUUCCUCCGCUUGUGGCGAUUGUGGGGAGAUGAUGUGGUGGGGUUGCUGUCGGUGAUAUUGCGACUAAAUAUGUAUGUAUUAGAAAUUAUUUGAGAACUGAUCAAGUGGCAUUUAUUGUAAUCGGUAGUUUAGACCGUGGAAGUGUUUAUAUAUUUUAAUUGAGUAUGGCUGACUCGCGGGGAGAUUCGAGCAGCACCGGAAGUUAUAGGAGUGGAGGGUCGAGGCGUACAAAUGGUGAUAUGAGAGACUACUCUGGCAUGGAUCCAAGAUACCACAAGGAAGCAAAGUACAGUGAUCCACCUAAUUCAAGAUUAUUUAUUGUUUGUGGAAAAUCUAUCACAGAAGAUGAUUUCCGGGAGGCAUUCUCAAAAUAUGGCACUGUCUCAGAAGUAUGGGUCGUCAAAGACCGGGCGACUGGAGAGCCCAAAGGAGUCACAUAUAUCAAGUUUAACAAGACAUCAGAAGCCGCUCUUGCCAUGGAGGAAAUGAACGGGAGGUGUAUCGGGAGUCACCCGCGGCCACUGAAGGUCCUCAUCGCUCACAGUCGGGAGCAGGGCUCGCGGCGGGAGCAGAAUGAGGAGGAGCGGCUGCUGCGUCUGUUCGUCGUGGUCCCGCGCGCCAUGACCGAGUCCGAGCUACGCGAACACUUCAUUACCUUCGGAGACAUCGACUACGUCUCCAUCGUCAAAGAUCGCACAACCAAAGAAAGCAAAGGAUUUGGAUAUGUCAAGUAUCACAGGAUGUCGCACGCCGCCAAGGCGUACGAGAACUGCGACCGGUCGUUCAAGCCGAUGUUCGCCGACCCGAAGCCGGUGCGCGACAUGCGCAACGACGGCAUGAUGCUCUCUGGUCCGGGCAGCUCCGUCUCCUCCUCCGGCUUCGACAUGGCCGCAUACACUCCUCCGUCCGGCAAGAUGGGCUCGCUGCCGCCGAUGGAGGGCGCGCCGCCGGCCGAGGCGUGCACCCGGCUGGCGGUGGUGGCGUCGCCCACGCUCAACCAGGACCAGCUGUGGAAGCUGUUCGACCUGGUGCCCGGCCUGGACUUCAUCGACCUGCGACGAGACAGGAAAUCGGGACAGGGUAUCGCGUCCGUCCAGUUCAGCAAUAUCCAGUCAGCGGCGUACGCCAAGGAGAAGCUGCACGGCUUCGAGUACCCGCCCGGCCACCGGCUCAUCGUCAAGUUCGACCCGUCACACGAUAUGAUGAUGGGUCCCCACUCGCUGAUGCCGCCGCCGCCCAACAUGAUGCCGCGGAUGCCGAUGAUGCCGCCGCCGGCGCCGGGCGGCGUGGGUAACGGCGCGGCGGCGGCCAUGUCGCCGGGCGGCGCCGGGCCGAGGCCGUCCGGCAGUCUGCAGACAGACCUGGCGCACCUGGCCGAGACCAUCGCGCAGGCCACCUCGCUCAUACAGGCGGCCGGCAUCAACCCGCACGCCGCGAGCGGCGGUGGCGGUGGCGGUGGCGCUGACGGCGGCGGCGGCCCGCCGGCCGGACCCGGGCCGGCCGUACCCGGCGGAGUGGUGAUGCCCGAACACUACGACCCGACCUACUGCUCGGCGCGGCUGCCGGCGCCACAGCCGCUGGCCGCGCUCGACUCGACAGUUGCCGAACGGCUGUUCAUCGUGUGCCAUCCGGCGCCGCCGCCGCCGUACACCCUCAAAGACGUCUUCGGCCGCUUCGGCAACCUCAUCGACAUCUACAUCCUGAGCGGGAAGACGUGCGGCUACGCCAAGUACGCCUGCAAAGAGUCGGCCGAGAAGGCCAUCCAGACCCUGCACGGCCAGGAGCUGUGCGGCGCGCGCCUCAAAGUGAUGCCCGCCGAGCCGCAGGACAAGGUCGACACCGGUCGGAAGCGCAUCAAAAUCGACGACCAGCAGUUUUGAGAUAAUCAAAGUGGCACAGGCUCUGACGACAGAGAGACUCACUGCGACUGGGCCGACGCGCGCGCUGACAGCCCCGACCUGACGGCACGUGCCGACCGCCCUCGGACCGGCUGACAGAGAGACGGAGGCGGCUGACCGCACCCACUCACACACACACACAUACACGGUCACCAGUACUGGCCGACACGCACCUCACCCACACGACACACGCUCGUACACGUACGGAUAGCGACGCGCGAUAGAUGUAGAUGUAGUGAACCUCUCCUCGUUUUCUCUUUCUCUCCCUCUGAGCUAGGCGCGUGACGGGAACGGGUGGCUGGGCUCCCGCGUGCCGCUUUCCUCGACUGUGGUGUUGCUGUGGACAGAGACGCAGACCGCGGCGGCCGCGCGGCCGCUGGGUACCUUUGUGUUGCUGGACGGGGACUGGCCUGGGGCCGGGGCGCUGGGAGGGACGGUGGCCGGUGUGCGGGCCCUGGUCGGGCCGGCGGACUGGGACGGUCAGACCCGACUGCUGACUAGAGCCGCUGCGACCGGCCGGAGCCGCACGGCCGACCAGACAAUGUUUUCUGUGUAUACGUUUAGACUGUGGCGGCCCGGAGUGCCGGGACCCACCGGGCCCGGGCGCACCGAGCCGCCGUUAGCUGUAAGGAGCUCCAGGACGGACCGCACCGACCGACCGCACUGGACGCCGCGGGGCCGACGCCGCUCGCUCCGGAACCUAGAUAUUAAGCUGUACGACUUCUCUACGUGAACGUCCAAUACACGGCGAGCCUGUGCCGAC